AUGUUACCCUCCGACUUUCCAGACCGUGGCACCUGCUCACACCACAAAAUUGCCUCCACUUGCCUACAACACGAAGGACCAGAGGAAUUAUUGUUGUUCAAAGCUCAUUAUCACCAUCUUAUCGAACCUCCCGAAGAAAUGACGACUUCGAGAAAAUUCUCAUACGCAUCAGUCAAGGAAGAAACAGAUGAUGGCCUCCCCCAGUCAUUUGGGUCGUCCCUGUCAUCCCAGGAUCUAGAAGAAGUUGAGUGGAUCGCGUGGCCAUGCAGUCGGUGGUGUAAGACCAAGGGCUUGUGCUCGUUUCAUUUCAAUGGUUCCCACGAGGAUCAUGUCCGAACGAGGCUGGAGGGCUAUGCUCGCAGCAACCCCAGGAAGCUGGAAAAGAUUCUCGACGAACUGGAGAAGCGGAGAGCGGCGCAGAAGUUGUUCAACCUCCCCUUCGCCAAAGAGAUUACUCGAGUCCACCCACGCCCAGCCGAUUUCAGUCUCGACGUCUGGCGGGAGAAAGUCCGAGAUUCGAUCCGCCUAAGCGAAGAGUUCGAUCGCACGACAACAGACACGGCAAUUGUCGACGACUCGGACGAGACUCUGUCGCAGGUUUCGAGCAUUACUCCGCACCAACGCUUUUCGUUUCUGGAGGCUAUGCCGGAGGAAAUUCUGGAACUAAUCCUCUCUUAUGUGACGGUCGAUCACACAGCGGACCCCUAUGCACGCCCUCAUGUUGACCUGGCGACUUGUUCACUCGUGUCCAGAACUAUCCAGGCAGCUGCCGUAAGGGUGUUAUACCGACACGUCUCGAUUCCGCAAUCGAGGGCCUUCGCCAAAUUGAUGCGAACCCUCAAAACCACUCCUCAGCUCGGAGAAUUAGUGCAGUGGUUGGACUUCUCUCAUUAUUCCAACAUGGGCUUUGGCAGCGCUCGCAGCACUCGCAAUCAGACCCCUUUCUUGAAACCCGAGACCCUCAACGCAUGUCUGGAUCUCAUGCCGAACUUGCAGGCCUUCUUGGUCCACGAGCACGUGGAUGAAGAACUUGACGUCAAUAUCAUCUCCAAGUUGUUCAACAUGCCUCUUAUGCAAGCGCUGGAUUUUUGUGCCUGCUCUUCUCGCCCUUUUGCGGAGGCCUUCACCACGGUCACGACUCAACUUUCCACUCCACUCACAAGCCUGAAACGCCUCUCACUGCAUGAAUGCACCACACUCCAGGAACCUGUUUUUGAAGUGCUACUCCCGCUUCUUCCGAACCUGACGCACCUGGACGUCGCACAUACCCUCGUCAACGACAAAGCUCUCUUGUCAAUCCCUUCAACCGCCACAAUCACACACCUAAAUAUCGAACGCUGCACGCGUCUGACGGGGGCGGGUGUCAUCAAAUUUCUCACCACCCAUCCUGCUGUCAGGGAGAAUGUUAUCUACUUGAACCUCGCCGCCGACGCUUCACGGCAUAGAUUGCUCGCUGAAGACGACGUCACCAGACUGCUGGGCGCCUUGCCUUCGAGUCUCAGGUCCCUCAAUCUAGGCGGCGCAAAGGUCAAUCCCUCCCAUAUCCCCGCGCUCAGAACUCUGGCCACCCAUCUCGAAGAACUCGGCCUACGUGGCGCGAAUCUCAGUCUCAGCACCGACAUCAUGCGCCUCUUUAGAUCUCCGUCAUCCGCGCCCUCCGAAGACGAGGAUCACGCCAUGGACACGGACGCUGUCGCCGCCCCAGAGGAUGACUCAUCGCCCACGUCGACGCAAUCUCACCACAGCACACUGCGCUAUCUCGACAUUACAUCCGUCCGCUCCGUGACACAGCUCUCACUCUCGUACUCUCCCUCCUCUCUCAUGGACAAAGACACCCUACCACUCGAAGUCAUCGAACUCGGCGGCGACGUGCUGCAGGAAAUCAAGCGACGCACCGCACACGUGAGGGACCGCGGGAAGCUGGAGUGGGUUGUCAAAGAGCUCGGCCGACGGGGAUGGUACGUGCGGCAGCCGCUACCCGGCGCGAGUGUCGACAACGGAGCCAGAGCGUGGAAGAUGGGCGCACGCUGGUGGGGGAUGAGGAAGAUCCCAAUGGUGGAGCAAGACGUAGGUGGGAUGUAUGGGUAUUUUAUGUUCAAGAGGUCGUGA